AUGAUUGAAUCCGAGAAGGUGGUUUGUAUGCACAACGAUAUUGAGAAACCUGGCGAUUUCAAACUGGUAGACCUUGGAGAAGAAGCUGGACAGCAAUGGCUAUCGACGCAGGAUCGGCCGGACUCGCUUGUGGCAGAUCCGAUUACUGGAGUUGCAAGAGACGAUGAAGUUAUGUUUGGGCCUUGGAUUGUACAGCCGUACACUAAACCGGUGCUGGAUCAAUGCCUCCAGACAUGGGAAGUCCUGGUCGAAGCCAUCGAACAGAAAAUACCAGCAAUCUCGGACGAUUCUGUGGAAGCUCAGUAUGGAUUAGCCGAUGAAAACAUGCUUGAGGCUGCCGGGAUCCUCGAGCGCUUCGCCANNAGACAGCUGUUGUCGCGGGCCCGCAGACCGGGAUUCGCCUACAUUGCACCUGGAAUCCGGCUGCCUACCCCAGAAGAAUUCAUUGAUCAGCCUUUCAGUAUCAUGAGACAAACAGAGACCGAUGGAGAUACCCAGAGAAAAAUGCCGAUUCUUCUCUUCAGGGGCGAGAGUACUUGCCGAGCAUCUGAAUACUUUUCCCAUCCGUGCAGUCAAGCCUCAGAGAUACCUACAGGACUCUAUCUCGAAGGCUGGACACAGAGCGACUUGACCCCCUUUACCGAUGCCACACGUCUAUUGCUACCUUUCAUCAUCGGUGGCGAAGAUACCUGGGCGCAAACAAGCAAUGGUCUUGCGAUCGACGGCAAACACGACGAGCUCUAUCAACUCGGCGAAAACCCAUUCGUACCAGAUCAUGGUACUUCGCUGCUUGGUAUACUGCAAAACUUCUACGCUCAUGUGGUACAAGGAAACUGGUCGGUCGAUGAGAGAGGUGUUAGUGACUCCAUUGAGAAGUUCCGGGAGGCGGAAACAGAGAAGCACUGUGACCAGUAUGUUGUCCCGAUGGGACCUGGUGAGUUCUGGUAG